CCUUAUUUUGAUCAGUUCUUCUCUGUUAAAUUGAGUUUACAUAUUACAGCGUCGGAUUAUGUUCUACGUUUUCGUAAAUUGAAAUAGGAUCAACCCGGAUUACUUUAAACUAAACUUGAGGAAGAAAAAUUUCGACCUUUACUUAGUCCAGAUUAACUUACUCCAAAGCGGAAAAAAAUAUUAAAAACUCUGUCACGUAGAAUCGCGGUUUUUUUUUAUCGAAAGGGGUAAAGGAGCAGACUCACCUGACAUCAAGGAAAAAAAACAACUUCGCCAAUCUUCAAAUACUAAUCCGUUUGUGGUGGUGGUGUAGUACCUAAAACAAAUGUCAUUAUCGGCUUGGUUAUACAAUAUGUGAGACUUUUAAGUUCUUAAGUAGUUUUUGUUUCUGCGAAGAUAUUUGGGACGCCUCAUUAAACUAAAGUUUUACCCAGACUUACUCAGACAGAUCGUCUGUGAAGAAGGAAAAAUACUUAUUAUAAACAUAUUAUUUAAAAAAUUUCGUUUUUAAAAAUAUAGGAUGCAUGAGUAAAAAGAUGUUAUUGGUAUUUCCUAUGAAUUUUCAAAACAAAUAGAAUUCAACGAGAACGUCAUGUAUUAAACAUAACCAAAACUACUUCAUCAGAGUUUGAGGUUUUAAACCUUUUUGGAGUCCUGCGAUCAAUUGACGAAAUGAUGAGUGAGGCAAUUUUUAAAGCCGUCCAAUUUGCCAUUGUUAUGUCAGCGAUGUGGAGUCUCAAUGAUGCAGCCUUGAAUGAGGAGGACAAUCACAUCGCCACAGCUUGUGUUGGGCAUUGUGACGUCAGCUACAGUAUGGACUGUCCCCGAGGAAAGAGGGUGGCUCCCCGCGAUCUGACCUACCACGCAAAGGAGACCUCGACACAGUGUCCAACUUUCAAACAGAACCCAGAUAUGAUGUGUCAGAGCAGCAAGAAUUGCUGUGGCUAUAACGGAGGCGACUGCGGUCAGCCGUUCUCCUACAGCAAGGCUUUUGGCGUGUUUAACAAUUGCUCGGGGUACCAGAACUGUGGGUGGUUCAGAGCGGAAUCGGUAGACUUUGGAGCACACUGCAGUUACAGGAAUUAUAGUAACUAUAUCUCAGCCUCCUUCAGCUGUAUUCGAGAGGAAACCUUUAUAGACAUAUGUUCAGAAGCUUCACGGCAAGGCAAAUCAGUGUCCCUUUUGUACAAUGGCUCUGUCUACAGGAGUGCUAUAGGAAAUCCCCAGGUAUGUCACUGCGUCAUCACCACGUCUGACUGUGACUCUCCAGCAAGACUCAAGUUUCGUGUGAUUGAUUUGAGACUCCAUUCUUACAACGAUAUCGCUUCAUGUGAGCCCCAAAGCCUGGUUAUGCUUCAGGACACAGCGACGUCCCAGUCGUUGAGGUGCCAGCCCAAUUAUUUCCAGAAAGGUUUCCGAGAUGUGUUUCAUAGCUCCUCGCCUUAUGUCAGAGUGUCUUUGUACAAUCAGCCUGGAGUUUUCCCCACUCAGGUGUGGUUGGAGGUAACAGCCACGAUAUCAACUGUAGAUGUAAUUGUGACUUGUGGAAGCUCCCAGCCUGAAAAUGUUUCGUUGUGUGGAAACGAUUUGCCCUUAUACUCCCAAGAUUAUGAAAAUAAAAUUUCUACCAUAUCAUCAGGGAACAGAUUUAAACCAGCUGCUAAUGAAAGUAAGAACCCUUCAUACAAUGGUAAUAAAGAUGAGCCUACUUCCGGAACAUCGACAACCAUCAUUGUCAUGGCUGUUGUGUUGGGAAUCGUCUCCAUUUGCUUGAUCGGUGUAUUGUUUUAUUUUAAAUGCUACAAAAAUCGAAGAAGCACUCAAUCUACAUAUGAGAGGUCAAUUCCAACUUCAGCAGUAACUGAAUAUGAAAUGCCAGUCAGUAUUUGUAAAAACACAGAAGAGGGAAACAAAGAGCAUGCUGUGGAAUUUCGUGUUAGUGCAGUUUAUCAUACAAUACCUAAUUAGGUUUAAUGGAAGGAUUUUCGAACUUGCAAAUUGACAAAAAUGAAUAAGAUAAAUAUUGUUAGCUAGGUUUUGACAAUCUAUUUAUAUGGAUCAA